AUGCAUGACAUAAGCCUGCCCCUAUAUAAAUGGUGGCACCGCCAGCCUUCAGCACAGUUGGACGAGAUGGCUCGACUUACUUUGCUGGCUUUGGCGUUCGGCCUAUUCGUUUGCGUCCAUGCCGCACCAGGUUAUGGGGGCGGAAGUAGCGGAGGCGGUGGCGGCGGCUUCGGAGGAGGCGGUGGAUUCGGAGGGGGUGGUGGAUUUGGGAGCGGCGGUGGCGGCGGCGGCGGCGGCGGCGGUGGUUUAGGCGGUGGUCACGGUGGUGGUGGCGGUCUCGGCGGCGGCAAAGGAGGCGGCGGUGGAUUCGGUGGCGGCAAUGGAGGUGGCCUCGGCGGAGGCAAUGGAGGUGGCCUAGGUGGCGGCCAUGGAGGCAGUGGUGGAUUUGGCGGUGGAAACGGAGGUGGCCUCGGCGGAGGCAACGGAGGUGGCCUCGGCGGAGGCAACGGAGGUGGCCUCGGCGGAGGCAAUGGAGGUGGCCUAGGUGGCGGCCAUGGAGGCAGUGGUGGAUUUGGCGGUGGAAACGGAGGUGGCCUCGGUGGAGGCAGUGGAGGUGGCCUAGGUGGGGGCAGUGGAGGUGGCCUAGGUGGUGGCCAUGGAGGUAGUGGUGGAUUCGGCGGCGGAAACGGAGGUGGCCUCGGCGGAGGCAAUGGAGGUGGAUCAGGUGGAUUCGGCGGCAGCGGUGGUCACGGUGGCGGCGGCCACGGUGGCCACGGAGGCUCUGGCGCCCAUUCCAGUGCAAGCGCCAGUUCCAGCGCCAGCGCUGGCGGCUACGGCAGCCACAAGAGCGGAUACGGACGC